CGCCGCUCGCAGCCCCAUCUGUCGGCGAGAAUCGGAAGCUCAAUCGGGAGAUGUGAACGAGGAAAGAAAAAUGCAAUAUAGAUGAUUUGCCAGAGAGCUCUUCCUUAUGCUUGAGAAGGGAAGAGUUCAUUGUCACACAAGCAGAAUGACAGAUAACACAGUCAUUAAGGAAGAGGAUUCCUUGCAAUCAGACAUGACAAUUCACAGUCUUUAUAUCCUGAGCAAGUCUGGCGGUCUGAUAUACCAGCUGGAUCACAACAUUCCAACCAUAGAAAAUGAAAAAACAUUUAGCUUUCCUCUAGAGGUUAAACUUGAGGUGCAGAACAGAAACAUCAUGGUUGUUUAUGGUCAGCGUGAUGGGAUUAAAGUUGGACACACAUUAGUGUCUGUGAAUGGCAUGAAGGUGACAGGCCAACAGCUUGAUGACGGACGUGAUGCCAUGCAGGUUCUCGCUAAUGAGGCAAACUAUCCUAUUAACCUGAAGUUUGCUCGACCCAAGUUGACCACAAACGAGAAGAUUUUCCAGGCGUCAAUGUUUUAUCCUCUUUAUGCACUGGCUUGUCAACUAAGCCCAGAGACAAGAAGCUCAGGGAUUGAGACUAUUGAGAGUGACAACUUCAGGAUGAAUUGCUUCCAGACACUAACAGGAGUGAAGUUUAUGCUCAUCUCCGAUCCCAAACAAGCAGGCAUAGAUACCCUUCUUCACCGAGUGUAUGAAAUCUACUCCGAUUUUGCCCUCAAGAACCCCUUCUAUUCCUUAGAGAUGCCCAUAAGGUGUGAACUCUUUGAUGAACACAUAAAGUCCACUCUUGAACAGGCUGAGAGAUUAGGAAUAAGUAGUAUAUGAGUUGUAUGGUACGUCUCUAUUGAGGAAAGUAGCUUAUAUAUCACCACAUGGUUUAUGGUUUUCAUCUUCAUGACUGUAAUUAUUGUGUACGAAAGGGAACUCGUGGAUAUGCCUUUUUCUCGCAGAUGUGGUUUAUUAUGUAUAAAGUGAAUAUUCUGGUACUGAAUGAUAUAUCAAGGAAGAUAUGCCAGCUGUCUGUAAUAUACAUAAGUCUCUCUUGAUUGUAGAUGGUGAUUCCACAAUGACUGGUUGGAGUUACUGUGAUGAAAUAUAAUCUGUUUAUAUGAUUGUUCUUUAGGAGAGUAAAAGAAAUAGAAAGUAGGUAGUAUAUUUUCUGAUUAUAGUUUCAUAAUAGUGAUGUAUAUUUUGAUAAGUUAUUUCAGGUUAGAUUUAAUCAUGAAAGUAUUGAAAAUAAAUAUUUGAAUUA